UUUCGCUUUUCUCCACUAACACAAAAAGACUCACCACCCUUUUGCUUUUCGUGUUUUUUUGGAUUGUUGUAGAUCUACAAAAAUAAAGAAGAUGAUCCAAGAACUGUUGGGUGGUGCUAGCCUCAUAGCAGGUGAAAGAAAAUCCUCCAUUAACAACGGAGGAGGAGUUCUACUUCCAAAUACACCAUCUCCUUGUUCUCUCCCUUCUUCCACAACCAGUGUCACCACCACAUCUACAGCUAACACCGCCACCGCAGCCAACACCGCCACCUCAACAACCUCAGAUAACCAAAACCUGAGGUGCCCUCGAUGUGAUUCAUCGAACACAAAGUUCUGUUACUACAACAAUUACAACCUCACUCAGCCUCGACACUUCUGCAAGACAUGUCGCAGGUACUGGACCAAAGGAGGUGCUCUGAGGAACGUUCCCAUCGGAGGUGGCUGCCGGAAAAACAAGAACAUCGUCGGAACGUCGGCGGCAAAGACUACCACCGCCACCGCGACUAAGAUGAAAACUGUGGCAUCGGAGCUUGGAAGGUCAGGACUUGGUCCUGGCUUCGAAGUCGAACAUGACCUUCCACCAAGCCAAAUCCUAUGGGGUUCACCACAAAAUACUCAUCUUCUGGCUUUGCUAAGAGCUAGCCAUAGCCAAAACCAAAACCCUAACCCUAACCCUACUCUCAUGUCCAUCAAUGCUGUUAUUAAGGAAGAUGGGCACUUAAUGGGAUCCCAAUCCCACAUGGUGACUGAACCAUUAGUUUCAAAUGGUUUGUUGAAUCCUCGAACCCUAGGCUAUGAUGCUGUUGGGCAAGUUCCUUCACUUGGUCUAUGCAGUUCAUUUUGGAGAAAUAAUCAAGAUCAACCUCAACAACAAAAUGGAGGGUAUGUAAUUGGUGAACAUCAAAACAGUGGAAUUCAAGAACUUUACCAGAAGCUCAGGUUAUCAUCAACUAAUUAUUGCAGUGACAACUCACCAGUGUUUAUGGGGAACAUGGCUUCUAAUUCCUCUUCUAUAUCAAAUAUUUUGGAGUCAACUUCGGUUGCAGGGGCUGAAUUGGGGUACUGGAAUCCAACCUUUUCGUGGUCUGAUCUUCCAACCACAAAUGGUGCAUAUCCGUAACAGUGAUAACUAUUUUUCUCUCUUUUGUUCACCGUUCAAAUUUUCUUUUCCCAUUAGAUAGUAGCAUAGUGUUGCUUAAUUUGUAUCUUAGAGUUUGUUUCUCUAAUUUGUGGUUGCUUUGUUUUUGGGGGUGGUAUAUGAAUAUGGAUCUAGCACUAGGUUUUUUCUUCUUUUUUCCACUCUUGCUUUCUGUCAUUUGCUGCUUUUUUUGUAAGUUUGGUUGAUGGUGUGCUUGGCUAA